GAAGUGAAACUAUGUUUGCUGUCGCGAUUACAAAAUAAUGUUUUGUUCAAACGAAUUCAUUUAGAAACAUAAAAAUGGCAUUGGAUUCCUUUAAUAACCUACGGCGGUCAUUAUGCGGAGGCUGUUUGAGUUCAGAUAGGAAAUUAUCAGAAACCAAUUAUGAAUACAAACAUUUAUUUGGUGAACUCGUCGGAUCCACUAAUCAGAGUGCGCACACUAGCCUAUGUUGGGAAUGUAUUAAGAAACUAAAAAAUAUUCGAGAUUUCAAAGGACAAGCAAGGAAAGCACAAGAUCAGCUACUCCAAUUAGUUAAGGACAGCCAGCCGUUGUUCACUUUAUCAAAGUUGAAAUUCAGUAAAACAGACAACAUAGAUGUAUUGGCAAUUAAACGUAACAAUAAAUUAAUUUCAAAGGAUAAUAAAUUGAUAGCAAAUAAGAAAAGAGCUCUAUCGCAUCACAACGGACCAGAAAUCACGUCAGCUUUUGGAUCUGUCAAUCCAGAUUCAAGUUUUUUGGAAAUUAAUACAUUUGACUGUGAUGACGGAGAUGACAGUACAAAUUCAAAAGUACCUGUUCACAGUAAUGAUGAUGAGGGUAAUGAAACAAAACCUCUUGCUUUUAUCAAAGUAGAAUAUUCGGAUAGUGAAAAUAUAUUGAGUGAAUUUGCCGAUGAAGGCUUGACGAAUGAUGGUGCUAAUGCGGUAACAAAAGCGAAAUGUAAUAAGGUCAGAUCAAAGAGACGCAACAGGACAGCAGAUGAGUUUGAUGAGUCUGAUGAUGAGCCCCUCACUAAGAAGAGUCGUUCAAAAACAGAUACGGUGGCACCGAAAUUGGACCGGAGAAAGAACCCGGGCCCGAAACGCGAGAAGCCGCCGGGUGUUGUCAACAACAGCCGCGUGAGGAAGAAGCUGGAGCAGCUCAACGUGCGCGCCGACCUGUUGGAGAUGGUCGUGCUGUCCUGGGAGGAGGUGGCGCAGGAGCGGCGAGUGGCCCUGGACAGCGCCGCGUUCACGAGGCACGACUACCGUUGCGCCGACUGCAUCGUCGGCUUCAACCACAAGUCCAAGCUGCUCAACCACAUGAAGAAGCACGACCCGUCCUCGGGCAGCCUGGUGUGCGAUAUUUGCAAAGUCCGCUGCAAAGACAACAACGCAUACUCGGCGCACCGCCGCCGGCACCGCGUCAGAUGGCGCUGCCGGGCGUGUCUGUCGGCGUGGUCCCGCGCCGCCGUGGGGGCCGACCACUGCGCGAGGGCGCACGGGGCCCCGCCCCCCACGCACACCUGCCGCGUCUGCGGACGCACCGAGACGUCGCUGGGCCGACUGCGCAGCCACGUGCAGGAGCACGCCGAGCGGCAGCGCUGCGAGCUGUGCGGGAAGACCUUCCGGGACAAGACCUCGCUGAGGACGCAUCUCUUUAUCCAUAAAGGCGAGAAGGACUUCGAAUGCAACAAGUGCGGGAAACGGUUCGUGUUCAAGAAAGCGAUGGAGAUCCACAUGAUCACCCACAACGCGUCCUCGCUGCUGUACUGCCAUCACUGCGACAUGAACUUCAAGAAUGAGAUGUCCUACUAUCAACACAUGAAGUACAACUUAAAGCACGUGGACCCGGCCAAGUUGAAGUACGCGUGCGAGCUUUGCGACAAGAAGUUCGUGAAGGCGGCGCGGCUGGAGGAGCACAACAUGGCGGUGCACCUGAAGAUAGCGCCCAUCAGGUGCUCCGUGAGCGGCUGCGAGUUCGCGUGUCCGUCCCGCGCAGCGCUGCGCACGCACACGCGCCGCACGCACCGCCUCGCACGCGCGCUGCGGAACCACGUGUGCCACGCCUGCGGGAAGGCCUACACGACGAAGAAGACUCUGGAGGGUCACGUGAGGUCGCACACCGGCGAGAGGCCCUUCGCGUGCACGCGCUGCCCCUCGACCUUCCGAUACGAAGCGGCCCUGUACAACCACAACAAGCUGGUGCACGCGGCGCGGCAGAAGACGUAGCGACUCAAGGUGCCUCCAUCCCGACGGCGCUGACACCGGAGCUAAUGUCACGGCAACGCUCGAUCUCUACUUAUAGGCAUUGUGAAUUAAUUAGUUGCUAUAAACUUUGUAAUUACAAAAAUAAAUUGCUUGUUUUUCGCCUGGUUGCGUGAAGAACAGACAUAU